AUGAGCAUCAUUGGCGGUCCGUUUCUCUCCUUCCGGACCUUCAUUAUCUUGCCAGAGUCGUUCCUCAGCUUGGCGGACCUGGGCGGUUCCGAGAAGGUGAGCAAGAGUAAAGCGAAUGAGAACGUGUGCUGCCCCGGGGGCGUCAACGUCGGCGACGAAGAGGUCUCGCGCGUGACCUGGCAGGAGUAUUACAAGUGCCGUGAGCGCAUCACUGAGACGAACCACAUCAACAAGGGACUGCUCACGCUGAAGCGCUGCGUGCAAGCACUGAACGAGAGGCCCCGCUGUGCCGCUGCCGGGCGGCCCCUGCCCCGGGUGCCAUUCAACGACUCCAAAUUGACGCUGCUGCUCCAGCCAGCCCUCUCCGGAGAAUCGUGCACGUCGGUGGUGGUCUGCUGCGCUCCAGAGAACCCGCAUGCCGAGGAGACGGUGCAGAGCCUCCGCUUCGGUGAGCUUUGUUCGGCCGUGGAGCACGAGCGGUCCAAAGACACUUCCAAGGAGGACGGCGCUGCGGUCAAGGAGGCCCUGCUUCGCAUCGACGUGGAGAUCCGUGAGCUCGAGGCGGCCAUCCGCCAGAAAGAGAGGUGGGAGUGGCGCGAGACCAUCCGCGUCGACGUCGUCGACGAAAUGGAUGGCGACAUGGUGGUCUGCAACGAAGAGGAAGAAAUGGAGCUGGGCGGCCGAGGUGCCGUCGAAAUCAAGGCAGACGACGGCCGUUCGCAGAAGAAGACGACGGAGCACAAGGUCUGGGGUCAGGUCCUUGUUGGCGCAGAGGACGAGAACGCACGCCGCGAUGAGCUCAUUGCCACCAAAGCCAAACUCUUGGGCGAAGCAUGA